GCAGCUUGUCGAUGAUAAUCUUAUAUGUGGUUUCUAUUCUCUCUCACCACCCACGUUUCAACAAAAGGUGCCUUAUAUCUCCAACUACCAUUCGGCAACGUCUUCGUCAAGACAGAAAUACUUUCUUACAGUGCAAAGCCAACUUUUCGAGGAGAAUAAGAAACUAUACACGAGCAGCCUUUACACUUGAUGAGCCCAAGUCUUUUCAAACUUUCGCUAUCAACUCUCAGACACUUGUCAGUGAAGAAGCUUCUAAUGUGUUAGAGUUGCCUUGUGGUGCGAAAAGAUUGGAAGAUGCUCCUUGUGGAGACGGUGCAAGUUGUCCUUUUAUAAAAUAUCAGUGUGAACGAGGUCAUAUUAUAAAGGCUUUAAAGGGAAGUCCCGUCUGUAAAGUUUGUCCUUUAUGUACAUAUGAAGCAGAGGCUGAACUUUGUCCUGAACUUCGUCGAGGGUCUACUAAACCUCUAUCUUUGGGAACUAUGCAAAGAAUAGCUUUACGAAGAGGAGGUUUGUGUCUGUCUACAACUUAUAAAAGCGUUCGUGAUAAAUUUUUGUGGCGUUGUGGUGAGGGACACGAAUGGUAUGCUUCUGGAGAUAAUGUAAGGCGAGGAAGUUGGUGUCCAAUUUGUGCAAGAAAAACACAAACAUUAGACUUGUCCGAGUUAGAAGAGUUGGCGAAGGAACGGGGUGGAAGAUGCCUUUCAACAGUAUAUAAAAAUGUACACCAGAAGCUCAAGUGGGAGUGUUCACAAGGCCAUAUAUUUAUGAUGAAUGCAAAUAAUAUUCGAAGAAAAACAAGUUCUUCACGUCCUCCUUCUUGGUGUCCAUUAUGUGCCAAUAUAAAGAGAGGUGAGAAAAGAAAGAAAUCUCAACUACUUCCAUUGCAAUAUUGUUUUCAGGAAAACAAAGCCGAAUAAGCAUUCAUUUAUAAAGAGCAA